AUGGACCUUAGGCCUAUGGGCCAAAUUAUGACUCCAAGUCCUACCCGUUCGAUUUCCGACACUCGUUGUGGUUCAGUAUGUCCAUUUCAUCCAGUCUUGGGCCUGGGCCUUAUCAUGUUGGGUAAUAGAAGCACUUUAAAAUAUAAGAAUGUGGUUAGCAUCAACGUGACCGCAGAAGACAUGGCAACUCUAGGCACCCCGGUCAUCUCUCUCCCACGUCAUCCCCCAACCGUCAAUAACGACCUUCGCUUCCCAACCCAACUGCUUCUCCCACUCAUAGACCAAUGCACCACCCUCAACCACCUCAAGCAAGUCCAUGCCCAGAUGCUCAAAACGUCCCUAUUCUUCGACCCUUAUUCCGCUAGUAAGCUCAUCACAGCUGCCGCCCUCUCCCCGUUUUCGAGCCUCGACUAUGCACGCCAAGUGUUCGACGAAAUUCCUGAACCAAAUCUGUUCACUUGGAACGCCCUCAUUCGGGCUUACGCCUCCAGCCCCGACCCGGUUGAAAGCAUCCGCAUAUUUCUGCAGAUGCUCGACGAGUGUAAUGAGUGCCCCAAUAAGUUUACUUUCCCUUUUCUGCUCAAGGCGGCCUCGGAGCUCCGGGCUUCCAAGAUUGGGAGAGGUUUUCAUGGCAUGGUGGUAAAAGCCGAGCUGGGUUCGGAUGUGUACAUUGUUAAUUCGCUCAUUCAUUUUUAUGGUUCUUGCGGGGAAUUGGAUUUGGCGCGGUUGGUGUUUUUGAAGAGUUAUAAGAAGGAUGUUGUUAGUUGGAAUUCUGUUAUCACGGCUUUCGCUCAGGGGAACUGUCCCGAGGUGGCGUUGGAGUUGUUUAAGGAAAUGGAGGCGGAGAAUAUGAAGCCGAAUGAUGUGACAUUAGUUAGUGUGUUGUCGGCUUGCGCAAAGAUGGCGGAUUUGGAGUUUGGGAGGUGGGUUUGUUCGCAUGUUGAAAGGCAUGGAGUUGAGGAGAACUUGACUUUGAAUAAUGCCAUGCUGGAUAUGUAUGCCAAAUGCGGGAGUGUUGAAGAUGCGGAGAGAUUGUUUGGUAGGAUGCCGGAGAAGGACGUUGUGUCGUGGACUACUAUGCUUGAUGGGUAUGCUCGGAUGGGGAAUUAUGAUGAGGCUAGACGUGUUUUUGGUACCAUGCCUAGUCAGGAUAUUGCUACGUGGAAUGUGCUCAUUUCGUCUUAUGAACAGAACGGUAAGCCAAAAGAGGCGUUAGCUGUCUUCCAUGAGUUGCAGAAGAACAAGGGUCCCAAGCCUGAUGAGGUUACUCUAGUUAGUACGCUGGCAGCGUGUUCUCAAUUGGGAGCUAUUGAUCUUGGCGGCUGGAUACAUGUUUAUGUAAAGAAGCAGGGGAUGAAGUUGAAUUGUCACCUCACAACCUCACUUAUUGACAUGUAUGCAAAAUGUGGGAAUCUAGAGAAGGCACUUGAGGUGUUUAAUUCGGCAGAGACAAGAGACGUAUUUGUCUGGAGUGCAAUGAUUGCUGCUUUAGCAAUGCAUGGUCAGGGGAGGGAUGCAUUGCACUUUUUCUCAAAAAUGCUAGAAGCUAAGGUGAAGCCAAAUGCUGUGACAUUUACUAACAUAUUAUGCGCUUGUAGCCACGCAGGAUUGGUAAAUGAGGGAAGAACGGUUUUUAAUCAAAUGGAGCAAGUUUAUGGAGUUGUGCCUGGAAUAAAGCACUAUGCGUGCAUGGUUGACAUUCUUGGUCGUUCAGGUAACCUGGAAGAAGCUGCGGAACUGAUAGAGAAAAUGCCAAUUUCUCCUACACCUUCUGUAUGGGGAGCUCUGCUUGGGGCAUGUACGCGCCAUGAGAAUGUUGCACUUGCUGAAAAGGCUUGUAGCCAUUUGCUCGACUUGGAUCCCAGAAAUCAUGGAGCCUAUGUACUCUUAUCAAAUGUAUAUGCCAAAACAGGGAAAUGGGAAGCAGUUUCUGGGUUAAGGAAGCUUAUGCGAGAUUCUGGAAUAAAGAAAGAACCUGGUUGUAGCUCAAUUGAAAUUGAUGGUAGUGUUCAUGAAUUUCUAGUUGGCGAUAACACUCAUCCUUUAUCCAAAGAUAUCUACUCAAAGUUGGAUGAGAUAGCAGGGAGAUUGAAGUCAAUCGGAUAUGUGCCAAACAAGUCCCACCUACUGCAAUUUGUUGAGGAAGAGGACAUGAAGGAACAUGCCUUAAUCCUUCAUAGUGAGAAACUGGCUAUUGCUUUUGGGCUUAUUAGCUCCAAACCAUCUCAACCAAUUCGCGUUGUGAAGAAUCUUCGUGUUUGUGGAGACUGCCACUCAGUUGCUAAGCUUAUAUCUAAGCUUUAUAAUAGGGAGAUAUUUCUGAGAGAUCGAUAUCGGUUUCAUCAUUUCAGAGAGGGGCAUUGCUCAUCAGCAUCAAAAACCGUUCAUGUUCAAUUCCGAUUACAUAAGAAGUGCAGCUACGGUGAUAAUUUUCUCCUGGUAGGCAAUGAACCCAUCAUUGGACAGUGGAACCCUUAUAGUGCUGUACCCCUUAACUGGUCUGAUGGAAACAUUUGGACAGUUGACCUGGACAUACCAAUUGACAGAGCAAUCCAGUUCAAAUUUAUACUAAAGAAAAGCACAGGAGAUCUGUUAUGGCAACCUGGUCCAGACAGAAUUCUUCACACCUGGGAUACCAACAGCACUAUAACCAUAGCCGAAGACUGGAAACAUGCGAAACUUCAGAAGUUAACUGAAAAGAAAAAUGUCAGUCAAAAUGAGACGCUACAUACUAAGCGAGCUGCGACUUUUUCAGACAAGUUUGCCACUGUAAAUGGCGUACCAACUUAUAGUAGCAGGAAUGAGUUUGUUUUCAAAGAGAGGGCGUUUAGUUCAGCAGAGGGAACUCUGCUUCAGGAAAGCCAAGCAGUUUGCAAUGCAAAUGACGGUCUUUGCAUCAUGACCAGGCCAACAUCCUUAGGUAGCAUGGAAGAUGAAGAUGAAUACUGUGAAGCUGAAUACUAUGACGAUGAAUAUUAUGAAGAUGACUGUGAAUAUGAAGAUAGAUACGAAGACGAAGACAUCAUGUUUACAUAUGAAGGAGGUCGUGUUCUUGUGCCUGGUUUAGUACAAGGGGUAACUGGAAAAACCAUUGAUAUCAGUACUGAUGGCUCCAUUGUGGUUGAUGCGAGAGAGGUACACAGUUCUUAA